GCCCGUAUUCUACCGCACAUGCUCUCGGUAAGUCCUUUUUCAACAGACUUUCAUUGCAGUGAAGGUCACUACCAUACAAUAAUGGAAGAUUGGGGAGAACCAGGUGAUGAAGUUGCUGCUACAACUAUUGAAGUUCAUGAUAUCAAGCUAUUCGGAAAAUGGAAUCCUGAUGAGGUUCAAGUCAGUGACAUUAGUUUAACUGAUUAUAUUGCUGUUAAAGAUAAAUUUGCUGUUUUUCUUCCACACACAGCAGCUCGCUAUGCUGUCAAAAGAUUUAGGAAAGCUCAGUGUCCAAUAGUGGAGCGACUAACUAACUCUUUAAUGAUGCAUGGUCGUAAUAAUGGCAAGAAAUUAAUGUGUGUUAGGAUUGUAAAACACGCUUUUGAAAUCAUUCACUUGUUAACAGGAGAGAACCCAUUACAAGUUUUAUGUGAUGCUAUUAUAAACAGUGGUCCUCGUGAAGACUCUACUCGUAUUGGGCGUCAAGGUACAGUUCGUCGACAGGCUGUUGAUGUUGCCCCAUUAAGGCGAGUUAACCAAGCUAUUUGGUUAAUUUGCACAGGUGCUCGUGAAGCUGCAUUUAGAAACAUUAAAUCUAUUGCUGAAUGUUUGGCUGAUGAACUCAUUAAUGCUUCUAAGGGAUCUUCCAACUCCUAUGCUAUUAAAAAGAAAGAUGAAUUAGAACGUGUUGCUAAAUCUAACCGUUAAUUUAGUGAUGAAUAAAAAGAAUUAUUUAAA